AUGGAAUCAGAAGCCAGUGAGCUCCCAAAAAGCCUUGUGCUAGAUGGAGGUGGGCAUAUACAUAUAAGACACAUCAUCCCCUUCUCUCCAUUGGUCGAUGUGGGAUGUUACAAUCCACCCACCUUAGGAGCUCGACAUCCUCGUUGGCACACUCGCACCACAUGGCAGAGUGACUCUGAUACCAUUCUGUCACAUCCUAGAUCGGCUCCACUAAACUUCCCAGUGGGUCACCCAUCCUGGGAUUACUAUAGCCUAAACUCACUUAACUUCAGAGUUCCCAUGGAAUCCGAAGCCAGUGAGCACCCAAAAGGCCUCGUGCUAGAUGGAGAUAGACAUGUACAUAUCAGGCACAUCACCCCCUCUCUCCGUUGGUCGAGUAAAACAACUUUUUCAAUCUAUACAAAAGCCAAAGAUGCAAAUUUAUAA